AUGGCUCAUUAUUUGUAUAUGGGUUCAUGUUUACCAUCGGAAAAUCAUGUUAAUUCGAACAUAGAAAGGUCCCACUUAGGUGGCGACUAUGAAUCUGACAGUAGUGAUGAACUAUCGGAUGAUUCAGGUGCAACUGACGAAGCUACAAAUCAAGGACGAAAUCAUGUACGAAAAUCAAUAAAUAAAGGAAGAUGGAGUAAAGAAGAGGAUACUCAAUUGAAACAACUUGUAGAAGAAUAUAAUGAAAGAUGGGAUGUGAUAUCACAGCAUUUUUACGACAGAUCCGAUGUACAAUGUCAGCAGCGAUGGACCAAAGUUGUAAAUCCAGAAUUAGUUAAAGGGCCAUGGACGAAAGAGGAGGAUGAUAAAGUAAUCGAACUCGUUCAAAGGUAUGGUCCCAAAAAAUGGACAUUAAUUGCACGACACUUAAAAGGCCGAAUUGGUAAACAAUGUCGAGAAAGAUGGCAUAACCAUUUAAAUCCAAGUAUUAAAAAAACCGCAUGGACUGAAGAAGAGGAUAAUAUUAUUUACGAUGCACACAGACAGUGGGGAAAUCAAUGGGCAAAGAUUGCAAAAUUAUUGCCAGGACGGACUGAUAAUGCAAUUAAAAAUCAUUGGAACUCAACAAUGCGACGUAAAUAUGAGUCCGAACAGUCUGGAGAAGGUCGUCGACCCAGAGCUAAAGGACGACCAUCUCAUAGAGCUUUGAUGAUCGAAUCAACAAAAUACCAACAAUCGUAUGAUGUGAGUCGAAAUUUAAAUCAACAAAUACACCACGAAGGAGUACCAAUGAGUGCUAUAAACGAUGAUUGGUCACUUGAAUUUUAUGAACCAGCUAGCAGUCAAUCGAGUGUUGGUGGUUUUUCAACAGAAGCAACUCCAAGUCCUAGUCCAUUAACCCCUACACAAACACCCACACCAUCACAACAGUUCCCUCCACAUUUAGAUAAGGAAAGUCAAGUUAAACAAGUCAAAAUUAAUAAUAACAAUAAUAAAAAUACACGAGAAGUUUUGUCUUCUUUCAAGAUGCUAGAAUUAGAAAUAUUAGGAAAUCAACCAAGUCCUGUAAAAUUAAUACCUAUGUGUGAAGAAGGUGUCGCAGAAUUAAAUACUAUUGAUUAUAAUGAAUAUAAAUCUCCACAGAGUUCGCCAAAAGUUACGUAUCAAUCUGGAUUGAACAACAAUAAUAAACGUAUGUCAAUUAGUAGUCUGAAUGCCAGAAAUAGUUCACCACCACCAAUUUUAAGAAGGGGACUCUUACGUAAACGAAGAGACAGUCUUAACGACGUAAACGCUGAUGGUGAAAUUGAAACGCAUACUAUUGAAAUACAAGAAACAAAUUCACCAACAAAAAGCACGCCUAUUAAACCUUUGCCAUUUAGUCCAUCACAAUUUUUCAACAGUCCGGAUUUAUCAUUCGAUGUUACAUUAUCAUCAACGCCGGUACGAGGUGGGCAUGGAACUACACCACGAAAAGAUAGACCAACACAGGGAAUAGAAAGUCCAUUAACAACACCAAAACCAUUACCGAUUGUUCGAAGUCACACAUCAACACAUAAUACAGAUAAAAUUAGUACACCAAGUAAAUUGAAACGAGGUAUAACAGAUAAUACACCACGAACACCCACACCAUUUAAAAGAGCAAUGGCUGAAAUCGAACGAAAAUCUGGUGCAAUUAAAUAUACACCACAAACACCAACACAUUUAGAAGAAGAUUUAACGGAUAUUAUUAAGAAAGAACAAGAAGACUUAUCAAUGAGUGAUUCACAUUACAAUGAUACAGAUUUCUCUUCUGAUAAUGUAUUUCAUCAGACACAAGAUAGUGGCUACAAUACAACUGGUAGUAAACGUCGUACACCAAGUUUAACUGGUAAAGAAAAUACCCAACCUAAUAAACGAGUGCGUAAAGCUUUGGCACCCGGUUGGAGCACACCUGGAAAUAGUUUAGUUGUUAGCUCAUGUUCGGAUAUGUCUUACAUGACUGAAACUCCGAGCAAAUCUUUAGCUGGUGAUACAUCAGUAUUAUUUUCGCCACCAUCAAUAAUCAAAAAUGCGUUAGGUGCUGACGCAAGCCCCUUGGAUGUUGCUCCUCUGACGGCCGGCUCCGCCAAGCAGUCUCCUGGCCCUGGACCUCGGGCAGCUUCCGUCCUGUCAACUGGGACGCGAAAAAGCACGGCCGCAAAACGCAUCACUUUCGGGGAGGCGUCUGCUUCCACGCGACCGAGGCCAAAGCUGGAUGUUGAAUGGGAGAUAGUGGCGUGUGGGCAAACAAGAGAUCAAUUAGAAUUAACACGAAUGGCUCAUCGAUACCUUAAAGACAACGCAUUGAAACCACGAUCAUUAAAUUUCUAGUCGUCACUGCUUAAAUGCAGCAAAACAAAUCAAGUUAGAAAGUUAGUUAAGAAUUUGGAUUUUUUUAUAAGCCGUACUAUUUUUAUUUAAUACCGCCAAAAUGCGGCUGCGAACAACUUU